CUGGCGGUUUGCAGACACCAUCAAAAUGAGGUUUGCUCUUUUCCUCGCAUGCCUGUUCGUUCUGGUAACGACCGUUGUUGCAUGGGAAAAAGAAGACCAUGAAAUUUUCGACCUCGUCAGCGCGGUGGAAGCUUCCGAAGGCAAAGGGACGACAUUCUACUCGUGGCUUGAUGUCCCACAUACCGCUACCACGACAGAGAUCGCGAAAGCGUACAGGAAAAUGAGCAUGCAGUUGCAUCCCGACAAGAAUCCGAAGGACAAAAAGAUACACGAACGAUUCGCCCGUUUGGGUGUUGUAUCGACCAUCUUGAGGAAUCCUGAGAGCAGAAAACGUUACGACUUCUUUUACAAGAACGGAGUGCCUAAGUGGAGAGGAACAGGGUACUACUAUUCGCGGUUCAGGCCAGGACUUGGGAGCGUGUUGGUGUUCUUGACGGUUCUGACAUCGUCUUUGCAAUACAUUAUCCAGAAGAUGAAUUAUAAAAGGGACUUAGAGCGCAUAGAGCGUAUUCGGCAAGAUGCUCGAUUAGCUGCAUGGGGACCCAAGAUGAUACCUGUUGAAGGUCAAAGGAAGGUGAAAGUCAAUCUGUCCGGAGGAGGUCCUCGCUACGAUGGAGAUGGAAAUCCCCUUCAGGUUCGGGGUCGCACUAUUGACAUGGUUGUUGAAGGGAUGAAUGUUUACAUCCUUGACCCUUCUGGGGAUAUGGAAUUACUGGAUUCCUCAGCCGCAACGUCACCGCAUAUCAUGAGAACAUGGUUCCUGACGCUCGUCUGUGGCGCCUAUAACAAAGUGGUUGCCCGGUCAUCGACAGAUGCUAAUGAUACUCCUGGAGACAGUGCUAAUGAGGGGUAUAGUGUUGAUGAUGACGACUCGGAGUCGGGAGGCAGUGGCACCGUAACGCCAAGCAACGGUAAUGCGAAGUAUGGCCCUGUUAGCAAAGCCGGCGGACGGAGAAGAAGGGCGACCAAAAAGUCAUCAGCGAAGCGGUGAGGAUAUAUUACAUAUUACAGAUACAAUUGCAGUUCUACACAGAUAAUAUGCUAGAGAUAUCAAUAUUCUACCCGAUGAUGCUAGUAGUCCAGUAAUGUCACUAAAGGGUUAAGAGAAAAGUCCGCUGUCGAGUCCACGAAAUUAACUGGGUUUCGCGGGGGAGGUUGACUUCGAUGGGGACACUUUCUGCUUCUCCAGUACGAACCACCGCACGAGAUCCAAGGUAGCGACAGAGUCCUCUAUUGAAGAAUGCCCUACUGCACUCCCACCGGCCUGGAUUCUAAUGCCGAGAUGCUCACGAGCACUACAACAAUCCAUCAGACAG